UUACUGGUAUAUUACAUGUACAAUAGGGAUCUGCAGUGUUACAUUGUAUCAUACUAUAUCAAAAUGGCUACAGUGGUUCAAAACCCUCUGAAAUCGCAGUCCAGUGGAACCGUCAUUAAAAACAGCCUGGGAGAGGAGUUCUACCGUGAGGCCAUUGAGCACUGUCGCAGCUACAAUGCCCGCCUGUGUGCAGAGCGCUCCAUGCGGCUGCCCUUCCUGGACUCCCAGACGGGCGUGGCGCAGAGCAACUGCUAUAUCUGGAUGGAGAAGACUCACCGUGGACCAGGUUUGGCUCCUGGACAACUCUACACUUACCCCGCCCGCUGCUGGCGCAAGAAGAGACGGCUAAACAUCCUUGAGGAUCCGCGCCUUGGACCAAUCGAGUUCAAGAUUGCGGACUACGAGGCGUCUCUGAAGAAGGAGGGAGGCGUACCGGAGGGCCCAGUGCUGGAGUCACUCCUCAGUGCCGAAACACUGGACAAGAAGGUAGAGACCAAGGAGGAGGAGCCUAUGAGCGAGUGCCAGAAGCUGCUGGUGGGUGACUUCCCUCACGAGCUGGAGGUGGAGGAGAUGGAGGAUGACAUGCCCAAGCGCAAAAACCGGACCAAGGGGCGGGCCUGUGGAGUGGGAGGAAUGAGGAAGAGACAAGAGCCAGCGUCCCUGGAAGACAGAGACAAGCCCUACGUGUGUGACAUCUGUGGAAAGCGCUAUAAGAACCGCCCGGGGCUGAGCUACCACUACACCCACACACACCUGGCAGACGAGGAGGGUGAGGAGGACUCAGAGCGCCACACCUUGCCCUUCCAGCGCAAGAACAACCAUAAGCCCAAAAAAGCUCCUGACGGGUCAGUCAUUCCCAAUGGCUACUGCGACUUCUGUCUGGGCGGCUCCAAGAAGACGGGCUGUCCCGAGGACCUCAUCUCCUGCGCAGACUGCGGGCGGUCAGGCCACCCCUCCUGCCUGCAGUUCACGGUGAACAUGACGGCGGCCGUGCGGACCUACCGCUGGCAGUGCAUUGAGUGCAAGUCCUGCAGCCUCUGCGGCACCUCCGAGAACGACGAUCAGCUGCUGUUCUGUGAUGAUUGUGACAGAGGGUACCACAUGUACUGCCUGAGCCCCCCCAUGGCUGAGCCACCAGAGGGGAGCUGGAGUUGCCAUCUGUGUCUGCGACAGCUGAAAGAGAAGGCUUCGGCCUACAUCACCCUGACCUAAGCCCUGCCGAACACCCCUCCGCCCUGUCCUGCCCGGUCCUGCCCCACUCUGCCCCACCCUCCACACCCUGCUCAGGCUCUCUCCUCCAGCCUUUGCCUGUCAAUCAAAGAAGGAAACUCCAGAAUCUCAAGGUUGUCACUCGGGUAUGAGGGGAUCAGUAGCGAGGUCUGACCCGGCUUGUGCCCCUGUGUCGGUGUUGCAGAACGCACCUCUAACCUCACAGACACUUCACCCGUCUGCCUGUCUGUCUGCCCAGCUGGUCCUUCUGUCUGUCAGAGGGGCAGGUCCGGCUGUGGCGGCAGGAGCCGCCGCUUGGAGCGAUGCACGGUGUGAGCGGUGAACAGCAGGCGCCCGCACAGAGCAGCUCACUUGUCCUCUGCUCUCCAUUAGAGAGCGGGCAUUUAACACCCAGCCGCACAAGGGCACUUGAGAGGAGAUCUUGCCGGCCAAAGUGUCCUCAAGCUUUGCUCUGAAGGGCUGCGUUGGCUGGCGUAGUCAG